AAUGCAUUUCCACUCAUGAAGCCACAGCCUCCGUCUGGCGACGUUAUGACACCAGUUUCACCGCCUAUCGUCAAUGUCUACAGAACCUGUCUGAACGCCUGCUCAUCUGCCUCAGCAGUCACGCAGAAGCCAAGUCAGUCUGUGAGGAACGGCCUACGUCUAGCGGGACGCAAUUGGUCGAGAUUGACGCAAAGUUGUCGCCCACAAGCCUGGAGUUGA